UUGAGUGCGUGCACGCACGAUAUAGCAAAACGACAGUGAUAACACCGUUGCAAUUAUUGUUGUUGUUAUACUUAUUAGUUAUUACCAUAUACCGCGCACAGGUUGCGGCCGCGGAUCGCACGUGCGCCGCGCCGAAAUAAUAUUAUUAUCAUCGACGGCCACGCUCGUCUGGAAACUAUUUAGUGCAGUAAGCGCGCGUGCGCUUUCGCGUCCCACGUGUCUGCACGCGGCUCGCGCGACACGAUCACAACACUAUUGACCUUUGCCCGUUCACCGGCCCCUCCAUUUCUCGCGCACGCGGCGCCUCCCCCGCAGCAGCAGCAGCAGUGGCACUACGAAGCGUUUUGAAUACGACUGCGACGCGUCAGUAAAGCGCGCGCGUGGUGCGUGUACAGCGACAGUGCGAUAUACGUCUCGUCGGCACCCAACGUUCGUCAAGCGGUUUUACGAUUUAUGUAGUUGCGUUAUAGUCGAUAUUAAUUGUAUAAUUUAUUGUUGUUGUAAUUAAAAACGAUUAAUUAAAGUCAUCAUAAUUCGUAAUACCGACGGCGUCACCGGUCCAUUUUAUUGUAUUUUCCCCGAACACGGUUGCGCGCGAUUGUCCCGGCCGUAUUAAAGUCGCCCAAUAAGGAACACACGGCUGCAGAGUGCUGGCGUUCACGUUCUUCCACUUACUACAAAAAUAUUAUACAUAUUAUUUAAUAUUAUAAUAUUAUUUGGUAAGCUGUCGUCUCUGCUUCGGAUCGGACCAGCGGGUAGAUAAAUAUCUGCGAUGAGAGUGGGCCGAAGAUAUUUUGAACUCAUGGUUUCUGUGAUCAAUCCAUCGUCGGAUCUAUAUCAUCACAGUCCCUUAGCACCUUUAGCGUCAUUCGACUCACCCGGUUCUGGGAUCGAAUCGUCCAGUACACAAUCGGAAAAAAAUUGUCAGUUCAAAGACUUCAUAUUAAACGAUAAAUGGAGACGUAUAUUUGAUAAAUAUGACCCUGAAGGUUUUGGGGAAAUUCCGUGGAACGAUUUCUUGAUGUUAUUAAAUUCGUCGGAUUUCGUGAAAUCUAUAUCUCAGGAGAAACGUGAUAUCCUCCUUGAACGGGCUCGCCAAUCAAACACGUCUGCUAUAACUUUUCAAGAUUUCGUCAAUAUCAUGUCCGGCAAAAGGAGGCGGAGUUUUAAAUGUGCCAUUCAUCACAGGGACAAAGAAGUUAACAGCGAAAACGAUUUUCAUAUUAUAUUCCAAGAACCAACGUUACACCAAAAAAUGGUACGUCUAGUGGCAGAGGAGUUCUUGACGGACGAAAGAGAUCGGAAAUAUUAUGCAGACAAUUAUCGGUGUUGCCCACCGCCACUCUUUAUACUACUCAUUACAAUUUUUGAGUUGGGAACCUACCUAUAUUACUACUCUCUAACUUUGGGUUCUACACCUGCUCCCGGUGACAUAUGGGCAUCAGUCGCCGCUCCUGUGCCAAUGGACAGCGUGUUCAUAUAUAGACCUGACAAACGACAACAAUUGUGGAGAUUUAUGUUGUACAUGUUCUUGCAUGUUGGUUGGGUCCAUCUGAUAUUCAAUUUGACUGUCCAAUUGCUUGUGGGUCUUCCAUUAGAAAUGGUGCACGGUUCACUCCGAAUAGGGGUUGUGUACAUGGCUGGUGUGUUAGCAGGUUCCUUGGGUACGUCGGUAUUUGAUAGUAACGUGUAUCUGGUUGGUGCUUCGGGUGGAGUGUAUGCUCUAUUGGCUGCUCAUUUAGCUAACGUUAUGUUGAAUUACAACAACAUGGAAUUCGGGGCCAGCGUAGACGUCGGAUUCGCCGUGUACUGCCGUUACGCCUUCGAACCAUCGUCGAACGCUCCUCCCGUCAGCUACGUUGCUCACAUAGCCGGUGCGCUGGCCGGUCUCACCAUCGGUCUGCUGGUGUUGAAAAACUUCGAGCAAAAGCUCCACGAGCAGCUAAUAUGGUGGUUUGCGCUCGGAGUGUACGCAAUUUGUACACUGUUUGCGGUCGUGUACAACGUGAGCCAUCCCUGUUGAGGAGACCGUUCGAUCUACACAUUGUCUACCAACAUGCCUAGAUGUUUGCGCCAUACGAGCGUUUCUGUUUCAAAGUCCGAAAUAGUUGGUUGGGGAGGAGAUGGACACUGUUACAAUAAAUUAUUAUUAUAAUAAAUUUAGUUUUUUCGCUAUAAUACAAAUGUAAUUUUAAAUUUUGCAUACAUAGAGUAUGAACAUUAAAAAUAAAAACACAGACAUUUAAAUUGUAACUGUAAAUAAUUAUUUUAAUUCAAACAUUUUUUUAAUGCUUUAUUACAUUCACUGCCAGUUCUAAUUUAAUCGGUGGUUAGUUUUGAGUUUAAGUUCCAAAAAUACAUCCUGAAGUUUGGUGAGUACAAAUAGGCUGUGAUGUUUAUUUUUCAAACAGACAAACAUUUUCCUUAACUAUAGUUCCUCUGUACCACAUAAAACAAAAUUGCUCAACUGUGUAAAUUUACUAGGCAGUUAGUAUAUUAGCACAAAAUAAUACAGCAAAUAAUUGUAUUGUUCGCAUUAAAAAAACGAUGUUUGUAGUUGUAAAAAUAAAAUGUAAACAUUUUAGAUUGUAAAUAAGAAAAAUAUUGAUUCUUGUCAUAACACAAAUCUAGUCAUAAUUAUAUCUAUUUGUACUAUAUUAUAUUAUAUAAUAUAUGUUUAAAAUAAUUAUUUAGAUAAUGCUUUAUGUUUAAUGUAUAAUUUUAUGUUACAAAUUUUUAAUAAAAAUAUCGAACUAAAUGUUUGACUUUACGAUUGCAUGUGUCUGUAUAAGUUAUAGUUUGUGUAAUAUUUAAAGUUAUUUAUUUGUUUAUUUUUAAUAGAGUAAAACAAUAAACACAGUAUUUAUAAC